AGCUACACAGCCACUGUAGCAAAGGUUCACCGUGACGUGCAAGCAAGAACACAGUGGCCUCACAGAACCACACGGUGAACACGAGGUUGUCUAUUCCCCUGACUCAACGUUUUAUGGAGCCAGAAAACCCACCUGAACCCUCUCAAGACUCCGUCAGUUUACUCAAACGACUGGCUGGUCCCUCCUCCACGAAAGCUGGCCUCACUCAUGAUCAAACUGCAAUCAAUCGCGUAAUUGCCGAGGCUUCGAAGGGCUCCAAGUUCUAUGAGAAUGAAAAGCGCAAAGACAAAGAAUUAUCGGAACGCAUUGCCAAAAUCCUGAAGCAACGUGACGAAGCCCUGCAGGGCGUCGAUAUACGUCCAAUUGAGCGAAACAUCGAUCACCUCCUCGAAGAACUCGAAUCACAGCGCGACUUGAGUCAAACCGUGGUACAUGUUGACAUGGAUGCAUUUUACUGCAGCGUUGAGCUACUUGAUGACCCGUCGCUGCAAGGGAAGCCAUUUGCUGUUGGAGGCGGGGUGCUCUCCACCGCUUCCUACGAGGCGCGUAAAUUCGGUGCGCGCUCCGGGAUGGCGACAUUCGUCGCCAAGAAGCUCUGCCCCGACCUCAUUCUUCUGAAAUCUAAUUUCGAACGGUAUUCAGAAAUGUCUGACAAAGUCAUGGACAUUUUCGAGAGAUAUGAUCCUACUAUGCUCGCGGCAGGAUGCGAUGAAGGGUACUUGAACAUCACAAAGUAUUGCGAGGAACAUAUGGUGGAUGCGGAUACCUGUGUACAAGAAAUUCGUGACACUGUCUUCAGAGAGACAUCGUUGACAGUGAGCGCUGGGAUUGCUCCCAACAAGAUGCUAGCAAAGAUAUGCUCGGACAAGAACAAGCCGAAUGGGCAGUAUCAUCUGCCAUUUGACCACACUUCCAUCAAAGCUUUCAUGCACGAUCUCUCAAUCCGCAAGGUGCCCGGGGUAGGACGUGUCAACGAGCGCCUUCUUGAGGCUCUAGGCAUCAAGACAUGUGGUGAUAUCUUCAAGCAUAGAGCAACGCUGCAAUUAAUGGAUAAGCAGUUUGGCCUGGUAUUCCUACUGAGAACAUAUCUCGGUAUCGCAUCCAAUGUCGUACAACCCAUUCAACGAGAGGAGAAGAAAAGCAUCGGUGCAGAAAGGACCUUUCACGCAUUAAGUAACAAGACACAGAUCCUGAGAAAAUUGGAAGAGGUGGCAGGGGAACUUGAAGACGACAUGGUCAGAGGGGGCUGGACAGGGAAAACGGUGACCCUCAAGUUUAAGUUGGACACAUUUCAAGUCUUUACACGAGCAAAGUCAUUUGACCGUUGGGUUAGUUCGAAGAAGGAAGACCUUUUUGCAAUUGGGAAAGAAUUAUUGCUUCCGGAGUUGCCCCUCACACUCCGACUAAUUGGCUUACGAGUCACCAAGUUGAAAGACUUGCAUGCCCCGGAGCCGUUAGGAGGCAUUAAGCGGUUCCUCGAACCUGCAAAUUCGUCGCCAAGAAAGAGACCGAGACUUGCUAGCAACGCGGAAGAUUGCAACGACGAGGAACACAACACUGGAGAAGAUCAUGAAUCGAUGCCAGGGUUCUAUGAAGAAGAAGAAAAUGCAGAAGGGCGAGGUUUCGAUGCUCCCGAUGAUGAGGAACAGACUCUUAUAUCCCAUGAUUCAAACCCUCUACACCAUAAACGACGAACACGACCACCAGUGUCAGCCCCAGGGCCCUCGCGGACUAGGCCAAGUGAUUCACCGUUCUCGGCAACCACGUCAAAACCAAUGAGCGCUAGACAAGGGGAUCGUGUUCGGCAUCAGGACUGCCCUAUAUGCGGGAAGCUGUUGGAGACGGACAACAAAGGGCUGAAUGCACAUAUUGACUUCUGUCUGAGCAGAAAUGUCAUCAUGGAAGCUCAGACUGAAGCACAAAGCACUCCGAAGAAAUCGAAGGAUCUCGUACUUUCUUGGCCAAGUAGUGUGAAGGGGAAACGGAAGCGGAAAGGUUAAUUGAUUCCGCAUUCGCAAGAGUUUUCUGGGUCUCAUAUGUAUAUCUACCAACGUCCAGAACAAACGAUAUUGAUCGGAAAACCCGGCAACCUUACAGUUGCAGUAUAUCAUAAUCUGCUGCGUUAGAAGGUUUGGCCUGGCAUUCUGUGAGCUUAAUAGAUGU